CAUCUUGGUGAGCUGCUGUCCCUCCCUCCCGCCCUUCCCGCUAGCCUGGUAUAUAUGCGCCACGGCCGUCAGCGAGAGACAGAAAGUAUCCAAGCUAAGAUGAAGCCGUUCACUGUAGCCAUCGUGUUCAUCGGGGUGCUGGCCCUGUGCGCGGCCCUUCCUGCACCUGAGCCCCUCCCAGUGGCACUCCCGGAAGCCCUGCCAGAGCCCCAACAUUUUGACCACGGCGGACAUAGAUUUGGAGGAAGGUUUGGAGGUCGAGGAGGAGGAAGGUUUGGAGGCCGAGGAGGAAGGUUUGGAGGUCGAGGAGGAAGGUUCGGCGGACAUGGCUUCGGACGUGACCACGGCUUCGGCGGACAUGGUUUCGGUCACGGCGGUGGUGCUCCCCACGCCCACAUUUCUCUUGGACAAGGCGGCCUCAACUUGCUCGUCCACGGCCACUAACACUCCCUGAUUGCGACUCUAUAUAGUACUAUGACUAUAUGAACGUCUACCUACCACAGAUUCUUGUGUACACCUCUGUUUCUAAUGAAUGAGAAAAUGUCUUGAA